CGCAGUUUUUUUUUUUGAUUUUUUUUGUCAUUGUUGUUUUUGGGCUUAGCAUAUUUGAUUGUGGCGCGUUCAUGUGCUGUGUUAAUUAAUUAGUCGAUACAUCAAAGAAGAAGAAGAAUAACAACUAAAACAGAAAAUUGCGUUAAAAAAAACAACAACAAAGAAGGUUUGCAAGUGCCGCCCAUAAUAGAAAAAGAGAAGGAGGAGCAGAGCAGCAGAGGAGAGGAGACUAGAGUAGAGCGCAGUGCGUGCUGACAGCGUCGACAUUUCGCGAGAGAGCCGGGAGCCGAGAGCCAGCCGGACAGCGAAACUGGCACUGACGAAAUAACAACAAAACCAUGUCAACAGAUAAUCCCACACAGCUGCUAACACAACACGAUUUGAGCCAAUUUCGAGGCCAACUUCAAACGGCUGUAGCCGCAACAACAGCAGUGGUGGCAGCAGCAGCAGCUGCCACGCACGGUUAUCGCAGCGUGGCAGGCCCAACGGCAGCAACUACAGCACCGUCAAUGAACGGACACGUUCACGGACACGGACACAGUAACGCUAACGGUAACGGUCACGGCGGGCACAUGAGCUCCGGCUCAAAAUAUGUUUUCGUGCAUCGCGACAGCUUUGCAACAUAUCAAAACGGUGCACCACCAUUGGCAGUCUGCACUGCUGCUGCUGCAAAUGGUAGUGGUGGUGUUGGUGGUGCAGUCACAGGUACAACCGGUGGCAGCAUUGUGUUGCUUGCCACCGAGCCGCUCGAACUGAGCUCAACCGAUGCUUUGGGCACAACUGCAACAGCAGCAACACUGGCGUCUUCUGUCUCCGACGAUGGUGAGCUGCGUCCGCUGUCCUGGCUAAAUGACAGCAAUCUGAUCAAAGGCAUUGUGACAACAACCACAACAACAACAACAGCAGCAGCAGCAGUAGCAGCAGCAGCGGCAGCAGCAACAACAGCUCAAGUCAAACGCGGUGGUGCAUUGGCGCUGAAAUCGACGCCAAUCACAACAACAGCAGCGACGACAACCACCAGCACAGUGGGCAACAAUAUUUGUUUAGUUGGCGAUUUAAUCGAAGAGCUGCCAUCGCAUUGCGAUGCCAAUGAGCAAUCAAACGAUCAUCAGCAGCAGCACCAGCACCAGCAGCAGCAGCUGCAGCAGCUGCAACCAUCAACCACAGCACCACCCGCCUUAUAUAGCACCACUACGGUGCACAAGGGACCUAGCGGUACCACCACCGUUGUCGAGUAUAAAGCAGCCAGCAAAGUGAAUGCCGCCGCCGCAGCAGCAGCAGCGGCGUCUGCUGCCGGCGCCUAUUUGCCGCGUGGCAAUAGUUUUAUGGCCGCAACAACAGCAGCAGCAGCAGCAAGCGUCAAGCAACAACAACAGCAACAGAUAUUUGUCAGCAGCAAUGGGACGAGUGCAACAGUUGCCACUGCCUACAAAUCAACUGGCAACACAACAACGCAUCAUCCGCACAAGAAAUAUUUGCGUGAGAAGAUGAAUGUUCAUGUUGAUCAAAACAACACCAGCACCAUAAGCAACAACAACAACAACAACAACAACAGCAACAAUUGCAACCACAACAACAACAGCAACAGCAAUAGUCAUGUGGUGGCAUCAACAGUAACUGUGGUCAGCUCACCCGCCACCUCAAACAACUCGACGCUUAGCUCGUGCUCAGCGUCGGGCUCAUCGACGGCAGCCGUCAACGGUGGCAGCAGUCCGGUGCCCAAAACCAGCAGCUUCAAGGCGGUCUUCGAUGCCGUUAACUACACAACGCCGCCCAAUAGCAGCAGCAGCAGCAUCAUCACCGCCACCGCCGCUGGCACCACCAGCGAACAGCUUACGUCACCCUCAACGGUGGUCGGCGCCACAACGCUGCAGUCAGGCUACAGUUUCGUUAGCCAUGUGAGCAGCUUGCAACAGCCGCAUGUCAUCUCACAACAACAGCCCGCCAAUAUUGCCUCACCGGAGACGCCGCCGGGUGGUGCAGCACAAUUGUUGCCGCCCGGCGCCUACUACAGUGCGCUUGUGUCUCGUUCUGGUGCCUUGCAGCUGUCGGUGUCGCCACCGCCACCGUCCACAACGCCGACGACGGCGACGGCGGCGGCGGCACACAAUGGAUCUGGUUCCGGUUCCGGUUGCGGCUCAGUUUCGGGUUCGGCAUCCGCCACUGGCAACCACAAUCAGCGUAGUCCCAACAGCUACGCCAGCUAUGACAAUGAGGAUUCGCUCAAAGAGUUCGACUUGGUGCUGGGCAGCGCGACGCGGAUAAACACCAGCACGCCCCAGUAUCAUCCAAUGACCAAAAACAACAGCAACAGCAACAGCAACAACCAUAUUAAUAACAGCAGCAGCAGCAGUAACACGCCUCAAAAGCAAAAGCAUCCCAACAAUGUGCCAUACGAUCCGUUCGUGCAUACCAAUAACAAGCCGCCAUAUAGUUUUAGUUCCUUAAUAUUCAUGGCCAUUGAGGACUCGAAUGAGAAGGCGCUGCCAGUGAAGGAGAUUUAUGCAUGGAUCGUGCAACAUUUUCCGUACUUUAAGACGGCACCGAAUGGCUGGAAGAAUAGCGUGCGGCACAAUCUGUCGCUGAACAAGAGCUUUGUGAAGGUGGAGAAGGCGCCGAACAUGGGCAAGGGUUCGCUGUGGCGCGUUGAGCCGCAACAGCGUCAAAAUCUCAUGCAGGCACUCAAUCGAUCGCCCUACUUUCCCAACUCGGCCGUCGACAAGAUUAGCCCCAUGCUCAAGAGUCCCAAUGGCACUACUAAUGGCAACGGCGGCAACGGCAGCGGCAUCGUUAGCAGCUAUGACAACCUCGAUGGCGCCGCCGUUGUACCGCCGCCAACGACGCCAGUUACGCCCGCCAAAGCCAACGGCUCACUGGCGCUGGCCAAUGGUCCAAAUGGUGGCAUCAUCAGCAGCAAUCCCGCCACGCCAACAACAGCCGGCAAUGCUGCUGGCGGCAGCCGUGCUCGCUUCGAUCCCACACUGUUCCCCAAUCUGUCCAAGGCAUUUCGCAAUAUUGAGGAGCCGCCGCUGCACUUUGAUGUUCUAAACGAGGAGCUGCCUGGCGACUAUGUGACUAACAACAACAACAACAACCACAACAAUAAUAAUAUUAAUAAUAAUAAUAAUAACAACAACAACAACAACAACAAUUGCAAGUACAGCUAUGUCAUUUCGAAUGCAACUGGCAGUGCUGGAGCUGGACCCGAACCUGCUGGAGCUGGAGCUGUUCCGGCAGCUGCCACUGUUCCCGUCUGUGCCUUCAAUUUUGAGCGUUUGGCACGCGACUGCGGCGCUGAUAGCAUCGACGAUGUUCACGCAGCGGCGGCGAUGCUUUUCCUUAAACACGGAUCAAAAGCCUUCGGUGAAUCAUAUCAAAAUGGUGCACCGGUGAUAACCAGUUCGCCUAGUGAGGAUCACACCUACUCGGCGGGCGGCAAUAGCAAUGCGGACAGUGGCGCCUCAACGCCGCUGACCAAUGGCAAUGGGCAAAACGCCCAGCAGCAACAGCCCAGCGUUGGCCAUGGCGCCGACAGCAAUUGUGCCAGCUCCGAUGCGGCCUACGACAGCAGCGAGGAGAAUCAUAACAUCACGCCCGAAGAGCUGGCCGAUCAGCAGCGGCAUCGUGAUGGUGUCGACGCCCUGCUCUCGCUCUCGCGCUCCUCAAUUGUUGAGUGCGGCUCGUCGACGGCAACGACGCACUAUCACAGCAAUGGCAGCAGCGGCAGCAGCCAUGGCUCACCGCACAAGCGCGCCUCCAGUCGCAGCGUUGAGGAGGAGAAAUGGCAGCAGAUGGAUGUCCACUAUCAGCCGCAUCAGCAGCAUCAGCAUUACCAGCAUCAGCAGGUCACCGGUGUCUAUACAAAUGGCACCGGCAGCAAAAUAGCACUACUUAGUAGUGCCGCUGCCAAUGUGGCCGCCGCCGGUGCGCUAAUCCAGCACCAGCAGCAUCAGCAGAGACCGCUCUACGAGGAGGCAUACAGCGCAACUGUGGCACCAACUGUGACGGGCAGCAGUGCUGCAAACAGUUUAUAUAUGCAAAGUUUGAGCUGUAUGCCAGCUGGCGGCGGCGGUGGCGGUGGCGGCAACGGCGGCGUCGCAACUGUCAGCAGCGGGCAGCCAAUGCUGUCGCUGAGCGCUGCCAUGGCCAAUGCUGUGGCGACCAAGAGCAAAGUGAAGCCAUUGCGGGGACUGCGCACCAAGAUCAAGCGGAAGGCCGCCUGGUUGCGGUGAAUGUGGCGCAAGGCUAGCGGCAGGCCGUUGACUCUCUCUCGCCUGUCUAACUGGCACACAUAAACACACAUACACACACACACACACACACACACACAUACACACAUACACAUUCAGAUAUGUGUAUAUGUUGUAGCUUUCGCUCCCUCAGCUACCAUCCCGCUCGCAGCACUUGUUGUCUCUUUCUAAAGCGAAUUCUAUUCAACUUGGAGCAUUUAGUCAAAUAUUUUUGUU